AUGGCACUUUUCAAAGACUACUUACGUGAACAUGCUAAAUUCUAUUGCCCACCCGUCGACAGUCACCAGACGGGAACCACCGCCGUGACUGAUACUGAACUUCAGCAGGUGUACAAUCGCUGGGAAUCAGAUCAAACAAUAAUAGAAGCUCGCCAUGAUGCACAAUUGGUUGAUGCACUUAUCAAUGUUCUUGAUGAAGAGCUUGGUGAGAACCCUACUCCAGAGGACCUCAACGGAUGGCUCCAGCAACGGUAUCGCUUCGACAUGCGAGCUAGCAAUGUCAUUGAAAAGGAACCAGAUGCAAGGGUCGCUAUGGACCGUGGACCUCUGGACUUCUUAGAACAAAGUAUGUUAGCUUGCGGGAAUCGCAUCCAGAUCGAAAGGGAUAACCCGCCUCUUAAUGCCGGCAAAUCUAACGUCGACUAUGUAUUAACCACAACGGAAGGCAAGAAGGCGUUGGCUGAAGUAAAGGCUCCAAGUAUCUUUGACAAGGCUGCAGAGGAACUUCUUAAACCGUCCAAUGACGAAGUUGGCUUCGAGGUGCAACUGAAUUUGCGGUUCCCGGAGGUAGGAAUGAAAGUCAUUAUCAAGGUGUGUGUGUACAUGAUGAUAUACAGGGUGGAGUGGCUCGCGUUGUCAUGCUUUACAAAGUGGGUGUUCUUCCGACUCCACCUUCGUGGUGAAGGCGAACUACCGUACGUCACGUAUUCGACUAUUGAAAAGCAAGAGGACAAUACCAGGCCAUUCCGUGCAUUGUUCGGGAUGAUGCUAGCUACUGCAAUGAAUGUCGACGUCCCCUCCAACGCUGUCAUGGACGGCCAGCUUCGGCCAGCUCCAGUACAAGGAACUGAGGGACAGUCUGACGGAUCCGAACCGCCGGAGCAGUGCGAUCCAUCUUUUAAAGGUCGAGGCCAAGUGACAAGGGCUGAGCCACCAGAAAAUCGGUCUCGUAGUAAUGGUGGCAAUUCAUUGGCUUUGUCUCCUGGCUUUCUUGUCACGUGGUCACCAAAAACCAUGUCGAAUAAGAAGUGGCUUGAAUUUCAUGUUGUGGACACUGAUGCAUUCCCGGCUUUGAAAAAAGACACCAUUCGACUUUAUGUUCAGCGCAGUAUUGGAUAUGGGUCAACCGGGACUGUUUUCGAGGCGAUUCCUGAUGGCGAUGAACAAAUUGGAGCUUUAGAACGUCGGAGAUAUGCAAUUAAGACGGUCGGGAAGGGUGAUACUGACAAAGAGAAGGGUUGUGCUCGACGUCUGCUCAACGAACUCGCUAUAUAUCGCCUCAUCUGUCAGACAUCCUCAGUAUCUAUGACGAUUGUUCCACAGUGUUAUGGACUUUUCGAAACAACGCGAACACUGGCAUUGGUGGUGGAUUAUGGAGGCGAUGUCCUCAGUCGUAAUGAGAAUUGGCCAGAACUGACACGCAAUGAGAGGCAUAAGCUGUACAAUGCAAUAUUAGCACUCCACAGACUUGGGGUUUAUCAUGGCGAUUUGGAACCCCGGAAUAUUGUCCGUGGCAGCGACGGAUCGUUCAAAAUCAUCGACUUCACAUCGAGCACGUUACAUAACUGUGGUCAGUGUAACCAGGGUUGCGCAGAGUUGGCUCGAAUAAGAAAGCAGCUUCGACUGUAUGAUGAAAAGGUCCAACUUCCAGAAAGUCGACUUGCUCGUUCGUCUUCACCAUUCCAUAAUGUCAUGUAA